AUGAAUAAGCAACAAAGCAAUGGAAACAUGAUCAAAAUGGAUUCAGGACAAUUGAACGUUAUCGAUAUAGAUCAAAAUAUUUUCCUCAGCAAAAACUCUUUCCCAGUAAACGAAUUUUACAGCCAAAAUGAUAAUAAGACGGGCACAAAUGCAAACAUAAAAGAUGUAAGCACAUAUAAAGAGAUGUACGAAGAAAGUAUUAACAACCCAGAGUUAUUCUGGGGAAACAUAGCAAAGAGUAGUGUAAGGUGGUCUAAAUUAUUCACCAAAGUAUACAGUGGAAAUUUUAAAAAAGGGAACAUUAACUGGUUUGUUAAUGGCAAAAUUAAUGCAUGUGAUAAUUGUGUAGAUAGAUGGGUGGAAAAACAUCCAAACAAGACUGCAAUAAUAUGGGAAAAAGAUACACCAAAUGAUUUUAAAAAAAUAAGUUAUCAAAAAUUGUUAGAAAGGACAUGCAAAAUUGCUAAUUUGUUAAAAAUGCAUGGAGUGAAGAAGCAAGAUGUGGUCACCAUUUAUUUACCCAUGAUCCCAGAAAUUGUGUAUACCAUGCUAGCAUGUGCUAGAAUAGGUGCAAUUCACAACGUCGUCUUUGCUGGGUAUUCAGCGGGCAGUUUGUGUGACCGCAUAUUGGACUCCAAAUCUAGUAUAUUAAUUACAAGCGAUUUUGGCAUGAGGGGAGGAAAGUUAACUAAGCUCAAGCAAAUUGCGGAUGCGGCUAUGGGAAUGUGUGGUGACGCCAUCAAAGUCUGUAUCGUUUUUAAAAACAAAACGAAGAUAAGUGACGCGAAUAGAGCAUACCUGGAAAGCACAUCGCAAAGUAAGUUAUACCACUCUACCAGCGUCGAUUUGAAAGGUGCUGAUAAUUUUUUGGCACAGGGUACAACCCACGUGAUAAAUAGCAAGCAAAAUGGAAUCAACAAAAAUGAGCACGAACAGAUGAACAACAACCAUUGUGACAGUGCCUCCCUUUAUGCGUGCCCACGGGGGGAGGGUGAUUGCACCAAUCACGGUAAUCACAAUAAUUACGAUAGUCGCAAUAAUUAUGAUAAUCAUGAUAACCAUGGUGGCCACCCCCUCUGUAACGGGAUGGAGACCGGCAACCACUGCAAUGCCCCCCUUGGGGAGAGCACCAAUAGCGAUGGCACUAAAGCCAAAGGGAUACACACCCUCCAUAAAAAAAUCUGCAAAAAUAGCAGCCUAACGAAGAACCCCACUUCUGAUAAAACAGACAAUAGUAACCAAAUUGCCAAUGGGCACAACAAAUGCAAUCGCGAGGGAGAGCAGCCCACUAACAACAUGGGAGACGGGAGCAGCCACUCCUUGGGGAAGAAGUCAUGUGAUUAUAUCAACUCCGUGACGGGUAAAUCCUUCGUGGAAGCAUCAAAGGAGAGUAUAACAUUUGAUUCGAAAAGUUACCGCAGUAGUGAUUACCAGAAGAGCAAUUUUGACGAGAAUAUAUGCACGUUAAAAGAAGGUCGAGAUGUUGACGGUUCCGCGUUAAUAAAAAACAUGAGAGCCUAUUGUCCAAUAGAAUAUGUAGACAGUGAAGACUUCCUAUGUUUAUUGUACACCUCCGGUUCGACUGGGAAACCCAAAGGUGUAGCGCAUACAACAGCAGGGUAUUUGCUAUAUGCCUACGCAACCUGUAAGUAUAUAUUUGAUGUAAAAUCAGAUGAUAUUUUUGGAUGCGUUGCAGACAUUGGGUGGGUAACUGGCCAUACGUAUGUUUUAUAUGGUCCCCUACUGAACGGAAUAACCACCAUCUUGUUUUCUUCCAUUCCGACGUACCCAGAUUGUGGUAGAUAUUGGAGUUUAAUAGAAACGCAUAAAGUCACACAGUUCUACACCGCACCUACAGCACUUAGAGCGUUAAUGAAACAUGGGGAUUCAUACGUUGAAAAAUAUGACCUGUCGUCAUGUCGAAUUUUAGGGAGUGUAGGUGAACCAAUAAACCCAGAAACAUGGAGAUGGUAUUACAACAUUGUUGGGAAAAAAAAAUGUGUAAUUGUGGAUACCUAUUGGCAAACAGAAACGGGAGGAAUUGUCAUUGCUCCGAUACCCAAUUUAUUUAAAAUGAAACCUGGGUGUGCUACUCUUCCAUUUUUUGGUGUCCAAUUAGAAAUUCUAGAUUCUAAAACGUUGGAACCUUUGAAUGGUCCUAAUGUUUGUGGAUUAUUAUGUAUCAAGAGUCCAUGGCCAGGCAUGCUCAGAACUGUGUAUGGGAAUCAUAGCAGGUUAGUAAAAACAUAUUUUUCUUCCUGUCCCAAUUAUUAUUUUACGGGAGAUGGUGCGUACAGAGACGAAGAUGGAUACUACUGGAUUUCCGGUAGAAUUGAUGAUACUUUAAAUGUGUCUGGUCAUCGUUUAGGAGCUGCAGAAAUUGAGCAUGCCUUGGUGCAACACUCAUGCAUUGCGGAGGCAGCCGUUGUUUCGUUCCGUCAUGUCGUGAAGGGGGAAGGUAUUCUCUGCUUCGUUGUUAAAAAGGUGUGUGUGUCUAAAAAAUGGGGAGAGCUGGAGGGGUUACAAGCGAGAGAAACACCUAACCAAUGCGUUGAUCGCAAUGGAAAUACAAAAAAUCCGAAUAACCAUUUACCAUCGACUUCCAAGGUGGCAGAAGUCGACACCAUGCAUGUGACCUUAACAGAUGAAAAAAUUAUAGAAGAAUUAAAAUUAAACGUUAGACGAGCCAUAGGUCCCAUCGCCACCCCGGAUCUCAUUUGUAUAGUGCCUGAUUUGCCUAAAACAAGAAGUGGAAAAAUCAUUAGGAGAAUACUAAGAUGUAUAGCAAACGAGAUAAACGAUUUUGGCGAUAUUACCACCGUUGCGAAUUAUGAAGUUAUCGACAUUAUUGUUAACAAGUUUAGGGAGUCCAAGUUGAAGUUCUUGUCAGGGACGUAA